AUGCUGAUAAAUUGGCCUUCGUUUCUCGUACAUGGUGGGUUUGAAUUAAGCAAAUUGUCUUCUGGGCUUUACCAUCUCCGAGCCGAUGGCCCAAAGUUUCAACAAGUAGAACAAGCAGAAAAUCUGAAAUCUCUGGACACCAAAGGGCUUCAACACCUCACCUCUCCUACAGAAUUGAAGAUCCUGAAAUGCCGUAACUUACAGUCCUUUCCGGGAGAGGGGCUACCCUCCUCUCUUUCAUCUCUUACAAUCUACGAUUUAGAAAAUCUGAAAUCUCUAGACUACAAGUGGAUGCAGCACCUCACGUCUCUUAGAGAAUUGGAACUCGGGUUUUGCCGUGUGCUCCAGUACUUUCCAGAAGAGGGACUACCCUCUUCCCUUUCUUCUCUGGAAAUCUACGGUUGUCCUUUGCUGUCGAAAAGGUGCGAGAAGGAGAAAGGGGAUUAUUGGCCAAGGAUUUUUAUAACAGUUCUUGUGGAUGAAACCGGAGACAAAUUUGCCCUAAUUUUCAUCUGCCAAGGAGAUUUGCUAAAAAGGGGCAAACAAGAUAGAGAGGAUGUUAUGGGCGAGCCAGAUGAUGUAAACAACAAGCAUGAAUAUCGACAGUCAGAACGGAUUCCUUUGAACUUUAGGGCAAAAGUUCAUUCCAAGGAUCGAAACCAUGGGAGAAUGGUGGUUUGCAGAAAUAGGGAUCACAUUGGUGGUCUGCUGGUGCAAAUGCAUGCAAAACUGAGAACAUCAAACACAAGUCAGAGGAUGUACACCAAGAGUAUUGAUCCUAGGAGCCUUCUUUGCAGUCAAGCUGUUGAGAGUAGAAACCACCUGACCAUCACCUGUCAAGCUCAAAGGAGUUUCAGCAGAAGGUCCUUCAACUUUGUAAUGGUGGAAGAAAGGCCUCACCAAAAAUUUCAACCAUUGACAAGUUUUUCUUGCUUUCAAGAUUCUGUUCUUUGCAAGCUUCAAGCAGAGCGUGAUUGUGCCACUCAUCAAACAAGCGUUGCCCAGAUGAUAAAGUCUCUUCAUAAUUGUGGUUUGGCCGUAACUUACCCUUUAAGGCCUAUUAUCCAGGGUUUGGCAAUAGCUCAUAGCAGUGGUUUUGUUUUUGCUGUUUUCUCUACUGGAUAUUGGAAUGAUCAUACGACAUCUGCUGGUGCAAAUGCAUCCCAAAAAGCCGAGCAUGAUUCUGCCACUGAUAAAAGAAGCAUUGCCAAGAUGGUAAAGAAUCUUCAUAAUUGGCUAUGCUGCACUGAGAGGCGUGGGAGAAAAGUGUAUUUGGUGAAUAAUGGAUAUUGGAAUGAUUAUGCUAUGCCUGCUGGUGAAAAUAUUGCAUCCCAAACCGAGAGAGACAGGAAAGGCCCGUCAAUGAAACAAACACAGCAGAAACGCUGGAUUGGCUGCAGAACUUCUAAUGACCUGAAAAGACAACUGGAGUCAAAGGAGUUGUGCAAGGCACAAGCAGACCAUCAGACUAAGAGCAGAGAAGCUCAGUGCAUUUUCAAGGCAAGAGACCAGAUGAACACUUUUCGAUUAUGA